AUGUAUAUUAUUUCAGGGAUCUAUCGUGAGCUCUGCUUGGAAUCUGUUAGAAACAAAUACGACUGUGAGAUGCAAGCAGCCAGCCAGCAUUGGGAGAGUGAGAAGCUCCUGCUUUUCGACACGGUUCAGAGUGAACUGGAAGAGAAGAUCAGACGACUGGAGGAGGACAGACACAGUGUAGAUAUAACUUCAGAACUGUGGAGUGAUGGUCUGCAGUCUAGGAAGAAUAAAAAGAAGGAUCCUCUCAGUCCUGGAAAGAAGAAGAAGAAACCUGUCGUUGUGUCAGGACCAUACAUUGUUUACAUGUUGCAAGACCUGGAUAUACUUGAAGACUGGACUGCCAUAAGAAAGGCAAUGGCUUCAAUGGGUCCUCAUAGAGAAGCUCCUUUGAAACCAGAACGACACCAUCAUGUUGCCCGAUCAGAAGAUGGACGCUUGUUCUAUGACAACAAAUGGUACAGCCGGGGUCAGGCCAUAUGCAUCAACAGGAAGGACGAAUACCCCACCAG